AUGGGCGUUCAGAUCCUUCGACCCACUUAUCGUGCUACCUUAGUCAUAUUUCUAGUAGCCAUCUCGCUGACGCUUACGGCGUUGCUGUGGCCCUACUGGGCUGUGGACGCUGACCAAAUGGUUGAAGUGGGUUUCACCCGUCGUUGCAUGCCAGAAAGUACGAUUAAGGAACAAGUAUGCACGCCAUUUCCUCUAGAGGGCUCUGACACGGGUAACAAUCCACUUCAUUCCCAGCCCCAACAACCCAUCCCAGUAUCUCCCAACACAGACGAUCCUAUGAAAGCUGCAUGGAUGACAGCAGGAUUUAUUACAUGGUUGACUUUAUUUCUACAGCUUGCCACUGUAGUAUCAUACUCCAGCACGAUUAUUGGUGACCGGUAUUUUGAAGAAGUCGGAUGGCGUCUUAUUUCCUAUUUUGCAGGAAGUGCUGCACUGAUGCAAGCAAGCUCUUUGACGGUCGUGUGGGCCAUGGUACGAAGCACGGCGGGGAAAAAGUUCUUCUCAACAGGAUUAGCAAAUACUGACCGUUCGGGGUUAUCUACUGGUGGCACCUUUUAUUUCCAUGUGGGUUUAUCAUGGCAUUUAGCAUUAAGCUCAUUUGUUCUAGUCACUGGUGGAGUUUUAGCUUUAGUUAUAGUUGGAGUUUUAAACCCUCCUGAACGAGAGUAUUACCUUGGAGAUUAUAUUAGAAUUAAAGACGAGGAGGAGAAUGAUAACAAUGAUGAUUCUAGUGAGUACACAGACACAACAACAGCCACUGGUGGGAGUAGAGUUCGACGAAAAAGUUCACACUGGAGCUUUAUGGAUAAUACAGCCAAAACCCGACGAACAUUUUACGAUUAUUAUAGCAACUGUGCUGCCAUGGAUGAAAACGCAGAUGUAGAGAGUCUAGAAGGAAUUCCUGUGGGAAAUUCUGUGGGGGGUCUUACAUCUGCGGGAACAAGCAUGAAGAUGAAGACGAAGGAGGAUGCAGCGAUGAGUGUUGGCCAAGCGUUGGUAUCAACAGAGGUAGAUCCUUUAAACAUUAGCGCGGCGCGUAAUUAUCAGUACCAGUCAAUCGAAAGUAAAGAUGAUGCGGCAGUAGCAGCUACAGUAGUACCAUCAACAACAACAGCAGCAACAGCAGCAGCAACAUCGGGAUCAUUAAAAGCGGCAGCGGCAGCCGCGAUUGUAUGCGAAGGCAGGCCCGAACCUGUGGUGCACGGCUUGUCAACGGGACUGCUACAGUUGCCUCAAGUUGAGGCCACAGUGAUUGGUUCAACUAGUACUGCAGGUUAUGGCAACGGCUACUAUGAUGGUGGGUUCGGUAAUGAGGGAAGUGUUAGUGGUGGGCUGCACCCAAAGACGGCGUCGGAAACUACAAUGAGUACUUUGUGCGAAGAAAUGGGCGGAGUGGGUCCUAGUAGUACUUCUUUGCACCAACAGCAACAAAGCAAUAAGAAGAAGAAAAAAAGACGAAGACGACACGAAGAAGAUGAUAGUAGAGAUUUUUAUUUAUACAUGCAACGCUGUCAAAUAGAAGACAAACUAUGA